AGGUGGAAGUGGAGGCAUUUGGCAGAUGUUGGGGCCAGAAGUCAAAAAACAAGUCGCGUCUCUCGCACCGUGGCCCCCCCACCCCAGCCUCACGCGGACGCCGAGGAGGGGCUGCUGAUGACCGCCCAGCUCGGUGCCGGUUACAAGACACCUUUUCUGUGUGAGCGCUCCUGUCGGGCUCACAGCGCUCUUCUUAAACCUACUGGCUGGACGAAGAGCUCUCCGCGUCGCGCCCAACAACAUGCGCGUCGUUUAACCAUACUUCACCAUGCUGGUCGGUGCGCGUUAGUUAGUCGGGCGAGGCCCAGGCACGGGUUCAGACUCGAACUCAUGCUCAUCGGGUGAAGAGUUGCGGGACGCGAAUCCACUGCGCCGGCGAGCGGUGACUGUCGAUACGGAAUACAGUCUAUAGCGUAGAACGUGCACGGCUUUAGGAACCUUUAGGAGGUUCGUGGUGGAGUCGACGAGAGAGAAGAGACGAUGAGCGAACUUGGAACUUCAGAGGUGGUCGGUCAGCCGAAGCUGGAAUCUAACCGCGACGCGGCGAAGCAAGGGGACGCAGACCAAGAGCCGGACUCGAACUCGGAGUUGUUGCAUCGCGACCUGCAACUCAUGCAGCGCGUUGGCGCGGGCACAUACGGAGACGUCUUCAAGGCAAGGCGCAUUCACAGUGGACAGGUGUGUGCAGUCAAAGUUGUGAGGAUUGAACCAGGCGAGGAGCUGGGGGCGAUGGAGCAGGAGAUCAAGGUUUUGCGCGAGUGCGAGAAUCACAACAUCGUCGCCUUCUACGGCAGCUUCCUCCGGCACGACGAGCUCUGGAUCUGCAUGGAGUUCUGCGGAGGAGGCUCCCUGCAGGACGUGUACCAUGUGACGGGCGGCCUGGCGGAGCGACAGAUCGCCUUCGUGUGCCGUGAAACCAUCAAGGGCUUGGCUUAUCUGCACAGCAAGAACAAGAUCCAUCGAGAUAUCAAGGGAGCCAACAUCCUGCUGACCGAGAGUGGCGACGUGAAGCUGGCGGACUUCGGGGUGUCCGCCCAGCUGACCGCCACCCUGGCCAAGCGGAAGUCGUUCAUUGGCACGCCGUACUGGAUGGCCCCAGAGGUGGCGGCCGUGGAGAGGAAGGGCGGCUACGGACGGCAGUGCGACGUGUGGGCCCUGGGCAUCACGGCCAUCGAGCUGGCCGAGACGCAGCCGCCGCUCUACCACCUCCACCCCAUGAGGGUCCUCUUCCUCAUGUCCAAGAGCGGGUACCAGCCGCCCCGCCUCUCCGACAAGGCCAAGUGGUCCUCGGCAUUCCACAGCUUCAUCAAGGCCACCCUCACCAAGAGCCCCGGAAAGAGGCCAAGUGCGGAGAAGCUCGGCACGCACGCUUGGUUCCGCCAGCCGCUGACCCGCUCGCUCGCCGUGGACCUCCUGGAGUCGGCGCGGAGGCUGCAGCGGCCACACGGCUCCCCCUCGCCGUCGCGCGGCUGGGGUGGCCGCGGGGGCGGCGGCGGCAGCCUCGACACGGAGGAGGACGAGGAGGACGAGGAUGACGAGAACCCACACGCCGACGGCCUGCAGACCAUCCGCCCGGCCACAAGCGCCGUGACGCCUGCUCCCUCCGACGCUGCCAAGCAGCCGUACUCCACGGACACCAUGGUGUGGCUGAGCGAGCCGCGAUCGCCUGACCCCGAAUCAAACGGCACCAUCAAGUUCUCAGGACGAGUCUCAGCGGAACCCACGGAGCGUGGGGAGUCUGCAGAGUGUGGGGACUCUAGGCCCCUGCCUCGCCGCUCCUCCUCGCUACUGAGGCCGGCCCCCGUGGGGCCCACGGCCCCCGUGGCCGCCAGCUCCUCCCGGAGCCUCCCGGCGCGGCUCUCCGGGCCCCGGCCCCUCCGCUCGUGGCCCCCGCUGUUGGGCCCCAGGGCCACGGCGUGGAGGUCGGAGGUCGCGGGCGGCGGGACGCCGGGGCAAGACGUGCCGGGUGGCGGCGGCAGGAUGGGUCGGCGCUCCGAGGGGUCGGGCGUUGGAGAGUCGAGCUGGUGGGCGAAUGCGGAGGAACGGGGCACGGGAGGGAGCAGUUCGUCCCCUAAUACCUCUAAAGUGCUCAGCAAUGGGCUUCCUCCCACCCCUGCCGUCCACAUGGGCGCGUGCUUCUCCAAGGUGUUCAACCGCUGCCCGCUGACCGUGCACCACGCGACCUCGUGGGUGCACCGCGACACGAGAGACCAGCACGUGCUCCUGGCAUGUGAAGAGGGAAUCUACACGCUCAACCUCAACGAGCUGCACGAGGCUACUCUGGAGAGGCUGCACGGGCGGCGAUCCACGUGGCUUUACGUGUGCAGCGACGUCCUUGUGUCCGUGUCCGGUAAAUCGGCACAGCUGUACUCGCACUGCCUGCCAGGGCUGUUCGCUCGCGCUCGCAGGGACAGGCGGGUGACGGCACACAUCUCGGCUCACCUGGGGCUCCUGCCCAGGAAGUUCAAUCUCUCAACCAAGGUACCCAAUACCAAGGGCUGCCUGCGGUGUCGAGUCGUGGAGAAUGUGCACACGGAGAGCCGCUUCCUGUGCGUGGCGCACUCCGGAGGGGUGCGUGUGCUGCAGUGGUACGACCCGCUCCACAAGUUCCUGCUCAUCAAGCAGGUGGAGGUGCCGCUGCCGAGCCCGCUGCGCGUGUUCGAGCCGCUCGUCAGCCCCGACAGCGACUUCCCGGCCGCGUGCGUCGGGGUGGCGCGCGGGGAGGCCCCUUCCUCAGGCCGCCCCUUCCUCCUGCGCUCCCUCGACCUCGGCUCCAGCCCCGCAGGAUUGACGGAUCUGGCGGCCGAGUGGCAUGGGAGCGAUGAGGGCGGAGGAGGCGGAGGAGGAGUUGUGGAGGAGGAUGAAGGCCUCAUUCUUGCGCAGCUCGGGAGGGACCGACUGCUCGUCUGUGCUGGCGGCAGUGCGAAGUUGAUCAACCUGCAGGGACGCCUGCACAGGCCCCGCAGGGGUCUGACCCCCGAGAUGGAAUUCGACUUCAACGUUGAGUCCAUUGUGUCCCUGCAGGACAGCGUGCUGGCCUUCUGGAGGCACGGCAUGCAGGGCAGGAGCAUCUCCACCGGAGAGGUUACCCAGGAAAUCACGGACAGGAGCCGGAUAUUCCGGGUGCUCGGAACGGAAAGGUUAGUGGUGUUGGAAAGCAGAGACGUGAGCGAACCAGCAGGCCCUGGGAAUCUAUACAUCCUCGCCGGUCACGAGAACAGCUAUUAAGAGAUGUAUCAUGUGAAGCAAUGCAAAUAAAUACAAAGCAUG